CGCAACGUGUUCGGCGUCGCGUCCGUCCGUCCGGCAAACGCAUAGUCCGUCUUGUUCGCCGCGCGCGCGUGUGCGUCCGUUUUUAUCCGGUUUCCGCGUUUGAAUUCGGAACGCGACGUGUGUCUACCACGCCGACACCCGAUUUUGGUCGAUUCCGGUCGUGUUCGGUUCGCGUUAUUAGAGUAUAAUACACACAGUGCGCGAGUGAAAUUGAAAUCCACUUGUAACCGCGGACGACCGGCGAUACCGCCGCGGUCGCCGUCGACGCGUCAUGACUCGGGGACACGAUUAGUAACAUCGCGACGAGCUACGUCACAGAGGAAUGAUUCCCGAUCACGUAAGCUGCAGAAACAGGAUCCUCUUGUGAUUUUUGCAAAUCCAUCACGAUGAUCACAGAAACUACGACUGGCUCUGUACUGCCUACCACCGUGGGCGGAAAAAUAAAACGUUCAAGUUUCAAAUCCCGGAACGGUGCCGGGUCGCACGUCAACCGAACGGGAAGCUUCAGGGGCUACCAGACAAUCCGGGUGUCGGUGCCGUCCUCGAUGGUUGCCGAGCUGGCGUCAAAGUUUAACGCGGUGGUGGUGGACGCCAACCAGGGAGACUCGAUGCAGGACAUCAUGAAAAAGGUGAGCAAAACACUGGCCAAGGGUACCACGGUCCGGACCAAGGUCACUGCAGUCCGGGAAAAAGGCGUCGUGGUACGGGCCACGGUGGAGAAGUUCGAGUCGACCUCGCAAAAGAAGCGUUGCAUGAACCAGAUGGUCGUGGUGCGGACCAACUCGAAUCAGCGGUCGGUGGAAGAGAGGCCGACUGCCGUGGUACAGCGGAGGGGCGCAGAUCACCAUAACCCCGCGGAAAAUUUCACUGCCUCAAAACAGCCGCCUGCCGCGGAACAGCGGCGGGAGGUCCAAGACCAUCGGACCGCCGUAGAACAUCCCAUUUUUAUAGAACUGCCGACUGACGUGGAACAGCGGGAGACCACGGAUAUUCUGACUGCCGCGGAACAACCCGCGAUCCCACCACUGACUGCCCCGAACGAUCGCACCGUCGAACAGCGGAAGACUAUGGAUCCGCGAUCGUCGUCGUCCGUAGUGAAAAAGCUCCUGGUGCAGUUCGAAAACGGUAAAAAACCGUCGAAACCCAGUGUUUUGGGACCGAAACCAAACGUUACGACUACCGGCGUCAUGCGAAAUGAACGGAGGCCACCGCUGCAAAAAGACACGAUCAGCGCAGUGGACAGACAUCUGUUGAACAAAGACAAACGGUUGUCGAUCGCCAGAGAUCCGGACGCUCAGCUGGAGAGUGUAUUGAACGCCACGCCCCCGCCGAAAAACCUGCUACAAACCACGGAAAGGGAGCGAUCGCCGCUACCGCGAGAGGACUCGGAGCAGCAGAAGUCAAUAGAAACGGACCUAUCGCCGACGCGAGCAGUUUUACAGCAGCCGACGGUGACGACUACGACCAAGUCUCCACCGCCGCUGCCGUUAAAACCUAACUGUUCCUUUCUGCACGGUUGGAAACGGCCGUUGACUGCGACGUCCAACGCUGUCACAAGUACUACCGCCGCAACGACUACCCUUGCAACGACUGCCCUCGAUAUAACUACCCCAAUCUCCAUCGUAAACCACUCCGUCACCGCUACCCCCGCUGUCGCCAACACCUCCACUACCAUUACCUCGGUCGCCACCAUCACGACCGACCAUCAAGGCGGACGGCACAGUCGUGUUGGCGAGGAAUGUUCGUCGCAACCGUCGCUGACUCUUGGCGGCGUCGCGACUCCAACUAUUUCCGCGCUCGCGUCCUUAGCCGAAGCUACCCUCACCGUGACUGCUUUUGCCACCGACACCACUGCCACGUCUGCCCAUACCACUACCAUCGUUACUGACACCACUGCCAUCACAACCGAAACCUGUUCACACGACUACAACUACAUCGUCAACGGUGAAUCCAUCUACGAGGAGUUGCGCUACAAUCGACUAACGACAACCGAUGAUGUCGUCACCGGGAAUACGGAAGCGCAGUUGUCGAACGUCAUGGUGGAGAGUCCUUACAUAGUAGGCUGUUUAAACGACGAUCACUAUACCACGAUCGAUGGUGGUGAGCAUAACAUAUACGACGUCGUUACGACCGCCACCAGUGCUUACGAAGACGACAGCUACGAGACUGUUCAACCGCCGUUGCCCCCGUUACCACCACCACCACCACCGCCACCGGUCGUCUCCGUUACGGUUGCCGACAUGUCACCGCUGCAACUUUCGGUCGACGGCGAUGGUGACGAAAACGGCGUUCAAGGGAAAAAAGAGAUGUUUGAUAAUUCGGUGGAGAUCGAUAACAGCAUUUAUGGAAUAAAUCCACCGUCAGAAUCCACUUCGUCCGGUGUCACAUCGGAUAGUCUCAGUGUUGACAGAAACAGUAAAUUUGAUGAAGAUGAUGGUUGGGUGGAUGUUCCCUCAUCAGAAGAAAUUAUUUUAAUACCCUAUCCGUCCAAUAGAUUUCGUCAAAAACCAAAGAUUAAGAAGCCAAAGAAACCAUUUUCAAAAUUAAUACAUGGGCUUUUAAAUAAAGAUCACAAUACUGGGAAUACUAUAAAACAGGAAAUACCGGAGAAUAUCUAUGUUUUCGAUUCAUUUAGCUCUGAUAAUUCCUCUGAUGAUGACGGAGAAAAUGUCAAACGUGUACCCGAAUAUCCAUGCAAAGAUCGAGUUUUGCCAGCUCCGCCGAGCGAUGAACGAAACUAUGGAAUUGGUCCAUUGGUCAAUAAGGCUAGGAAACGAUUUAAAAAAGGAUGGUCAUUUGGAUCACUUAGAUCACUUGGCAUAAAACAAAUAGGAAAAUUAAGCCAAGGAAAUCUAACAGCCGACUUUGAUAAUCGAACUUAUGAAAGCACAUCAGAUAAAAGUAUUGACAAAAGUUUCAAUUCAUUGGCGAAUAGUAAUAGUCCGUCUUCAUCUGUUUUCUAUAUUCCCAUAUAUAAACACAUUAUAGGAAAUGGUGAAAUUCGACCUAUACGAAACAGGAGCAAACCUCCAUCGUCCAUUGAUUCGAGACGUCUGAGUGUAGCAAGACCUAGUUCACCACCACCCCCUCCACCAGUAAAACGACAUUCAACUGGGAACACCACUUAUGGUUCAUUGCCUCGUUCAAUUUACAAUUCUAAAGGAAGGCCAGUCAUUUCAUUGGAUAAGAGUAGCACUGAGUCAACGUCUGAAAAUGGUUCAAAUCAUGGUUCAGAUUUGUGCAUGCGAUUUGCUGACGAACCGUUGUAUCAGUUUUAUGCAGCUGACAUAACUGAACGGACAAAAAGUGUUUUUGCUGGUGACAUUAUGGAAGAAUGUGAUGGUUAUGAAGAAAUUAGUUCAAUUUCAAGUAGACCAUCAGCUUUAGAGCUUAUAACACCUUGUACAUCUGGUCACGGGCAACAUAGAUCUUUAUGGUGUGAAGUUCCAGAAGUAAAAAAUAGUGGCAUUAUUGACUCGUUAACGCCAAGAGAGCGAAAGUUACAAGAAGCAAAGUUUGAAUUGAUAACUUCUGAAGCAUCUUAUUUUAAAUCUCUAACUGUACUUGAGAAACAUUUCAUAAAUAGUCAUUCAAUGAAUGAUAAUACAAUUUUAAGUAAAAAAGAUCAAAAGAUUUUAUUUGGAAAUGUUAACCCGGUACGAAAAUGUUCUGAAAAAUUACUAGCGGCAUUUGAAAAAUGUUGGCAAGACAACAUACUACUUAGUGGACUUAGUGAAAUUUUAUAUACACAUUCUAAGGAAAACUUUGAUAUUUUUGUAAAAUAUUGCUCAAAUCAAAUUUAUAUAGACCGUACUUUAAAAUCAUUAAGAGAAAAUCAAAAAUUCAAUGAAGCUUUACAAAGACUGGAAUCAGAUCCAAAGUGCCAAUCGCUCUCUCUUCAUUCGUUCCUAAUGUUACCUAUGCAAAGAAUAACUAGAUUACCUCUACUUGUUGAUGCUAUUUUGUCACAAAUGGAUUCCAAAGAAAACUCUUUGGAGUAUCAAAUGUGUGAAUUGACUUUAGCUUCUUUAAACGCUAUUGUUCAAAACUGCAAUGAAAGUACUAGAAAAUUAGAACGUUAUGAAGAAAUGCUGUUACUCAGUCAACAAUUAGAAUUUUCUAGUAAAAAAGAAAUGAAAGCUAUGUCAGUAGCUUCUAGUUCACGCUGGUUAGUUCGUUCUGGUUCUAUGUUGCAUUUGACUGGUCCAGAUGCAAAGUUAACAUUUAGUCGAAAAUUGAUACGACCAACUAAACUUUACUUCUUCCUAUUCAACGAUAUGUUUUUCAUAGCAAAACGCAAAAGUGAUGGAAAUUAUACAGUGAUAGAUUAUUGUGCAAGAAAUUUUGUAGAAAUGGAACAUGCCACUGAAUUAAUUAUUCCUUCAUCUUAUAAGAACCUUUUGAAGCUAACUAUUUUAGAAAACCACGAAGGAAAGACUGUUGAAAUGUUGUUGAGUUGUGAUUCUGAAUCUUCAAAAAAACGCUGGAUUGAAGCAAUGUCACCUCCUAUCAGUUCCAAUCCUGAAGAAACACUAUACAAUGAAUGGGACUGUCCUCAAGUGUUUUCAGAACAUCCUUACACUGCUAUCCAACCCGAUGAACUGUCAUUACAAAAUGGAGACAUUGUAAAAGUCUUGACUAAAAUGAAUGAUGGAUGGUACCACGGUGAGCGAAUUCGUGAUGGUGAGAAAGGUUGGUUUCCUGGUAAUUACACAUCUGAAAUAGCAUCACAACAUGCUAGAGCAAAAAAUCUUAAACAACGUUACCGUUUGUUAGCCAUGUCUGGAAGUUACCUGCAGUCUCGACAAGAUAAAAUUAAAAAAAAAAAAAGUAGUCAAAUUAUUUAAAUUGAAUUAUUGUUAGAAAAACAUUGUAUACAUUUUAAAAAUAAAACCUCCCUAACAAGUAAAUAAAUUAUAAAUUAUUAUA